CGCCGCCGGUGCUGCCACCGCCUCAGCCUUGCUCUCGCCCAGAGUUCGAGAAUGAUACCACACAGCGCAGUUCUGCUGUUCGCUGUGAUGGUGACAGCGGAAUACAUCCCUCCUGGACCUCGUUACAGGUGUCCUGAAAACGGUGUAAUGCUGUAUCCUUGCAAAUGCUCUAAGGAAAGUGAUCAAGGCCUGAGUAUACAUUGUGAGAACACAAAUUUAGCAGCAAUGGCUGUAGGUUUGGCCAACGUCGCUGCCCUCCGAUCUCCUAUUGAGGAACUGGUGUUGUACGAGUGUAAUAUUGGUCGGCUUUAUGGGCCAAUGCUGUAUCCUCUUCGUGUCCGUAUUUUGAAAAUCAUUGAUACGCCAUUAAAAACCAUUGACCAAUAUGCGUUUCUUGGGAUAAACAGAACAAUGCAAGAGCUUCAUUUAAUCAAUUCCCAGCUGGAGCAUUUUCCAGUUGAAGCGUUUCAGAUUCUUGGUAACAUUUCUGUACUAGAAAUUGAUAACCACAAUAUGAAAAAGUUACCACAGAAUGCAUUUUCUGCAGGCUUGCUUCCAAAUCAUUUGGAAAAACUGCAUAUUACAAAUGGACUUAUCACUGAUAUUCCUGCAGAUGUUUUUGUAGCACUGAGGAAACUUAAGAAACUUGAUUUGCAUGGUAACAGAAUAACACAGCUGCGCAAAAAUCAGUUUAAAGGACUUAGAGACACAGAAGUGCUUGAUUUGUCACACAAUAACAUAACAAAGAUAGAUGCAUCACAAAUUGCUGAUCUUCCAAAGAUGGGCUGGUGCAACCUGUCUCAUAAUGCACUUACUGAGUUGACAAGGGGAGCAUUUGCUCGUAAUGCUGUCCUCAAGGUUCUAAACCUGAAUCACAAUAAGAUAAAGAAACUUGAUGCAAAUACCUUCCGUGGCAUGAGGUUUAUACGUCAUCUUUUCAUGAGUGAUAAUAACAUCACAGAUGUUGGAAGAGGGACAUUUGGUUCUGUACCAAAAAUAGGCAUCAUUAAUCUUGCAAGAAAUUAUAUUAAAAAGAUUGAUUACCAGAUGUUUCAACAGCUUCAGUACGUUGAGGUCAUAGAUGUUUCAGAAAAUAAAGUAAAAGUAAUCGAGAAACUUGCAUUCAAAGAUCUUUAUCUAGUGAAGAUUAAUAUUUCGCACAAUGAAAUUGAAAAAAUUGAGGCUGGAGCAUUUGAGCAAUGUUCAAACAUAAGCCUCCUUGACUUAUCACACAAUAAGAUACAGUACAUCCCCUCAAAAGCUUUUGAUAGUGCUUCAUAUGCUAUUGUCUUUAAUCUUGCUUACAACCAACUCACAAAUCUUUCUCAGGUCCCUCUUCAAAAUAUGACUGGGUUGAAGAUACUAAAUGUUUCUUAUAAUAUGUUGGAAAGUAUACCAAGAAACUCAUUUCCUAAACUCUAUGAGCUUCACACUGUUGAUUUAAGCCACAAUCAAAUCACAGAAAUCUGGAACUCAGUUUUUCAAACACUAUUCAGUCUCAGAUACUUAAAUCUCAGUCACAACUCUUUACAGACCAUUAAAGGUUCCACAUUUGGUGCUUUACACACACUACUUGAACUUGAUGUCAGCAAUAACAACAUAUCUGAUGUUAAUCGUGCUUCCCUGACAAGACUAGCAUCAACAAGAACUCUCAGGCUCAACAACAAUAAAAUCCAAAAAAUAUUUCAGUUACCCAUCUCACUAGCUCAUCUUGACCUUAGCAACAAUUCGAUUGAAUCAAUUACACCCCUUACAACAUGGCCAACAAUGAAUUCCUUACUGUCUCUUGACCUCAGUCAUAAUAAAAUUGGAGAUUCUCUCGAAACAGGAGCAUUCACCAACCUACUGACGUUGCAGAAACUUGAUUUGAGCUUUAAUAAUGUAUCAAAACCUCCAUUUGAAGCUCUGUCUGGCCUGACAACUCUUCAGUAUCUGAAUCUGAAGAACAAUGAAAUAAAGUCCCUUGGCAGAGGUGCAUUUGGAAGGCUACCAGUAGUGUUUGAUUUGAAUUUGGCCCACAAUAAAUUAAAUAACAUUUCUAAAAAUGCAUUUGAGGGGCUUCUUCAAUUGCUGACUCUAAAUUUAACUGCAAACAAUUUAACUCACAUUCCAAAUGGAGCUUUCUUAGGUCUGGUUUCAUUACGCACAUUAGACCUUUCACACAACUACCUGGAGAAGUUAGAUAACAAGACACAUGGUUUAUUGGAUGACUGCCUCUCACUAGAAAGAGUGAAUUUGAGUAACAACAAGAUAUCCUCCAUAACAAGGAAAACAUUUCCUAGCAAUCCAUGGAUACCUUAUCGUUUGCAAGAAAUUGACCUUAGCUAUAACACAAUGCCAGUACUGUCAUAUGAUAUAACAUUUGGGACUAAGAAGCUACAGUUGCUUAAUGUGAGCCACAAUCUUAUAAAUGAGAUAAGGACAAAUGCACUUGGAAACUUGACAGCACUUAAAGUGCUUGAUUUGUCACAUAAUGAACUAACAGAUUUGCCAGGAAAUGUGUUUGGGCCACCACCAAAUCUGACUUCAUUGUAUCUGUCAUACAACAAAUUAAAGAACUUGCCUCUAAAGCAAAUAUCUUCUUUAAAAUCACAGUUAUUAUAUAUAGAUGCAAGGAAUAAUGAAAUAAGAGAAUUUCCAUUUGAGAUCAUGCCAUUAAUCAAGAAUGGAACUGAUUUGCUAUUUUCAGGAAAUCCUUUAUCAUGUAACUGCCUUGUGCGUCCAUUGAAGCACUGGAUGUCAUCACAGCUUAAUGUCAAACAGCACUGGAAAGAUAUUCGCUGUGCUCAACCAGAAUAUCUGUUCAACCAAUCUCUUAGUAGUGUCAGUGAGGACAAGAUGACCUGUGACUCUGAGCGAGAAUAUAAAAAUGAUCCUGCCUUUGAUGUCAAUCCUGAUAUAAAAUUCAGAAAUGUUAAAAAGAAUGAAAAGGGUGACCUUAGCCUGGCAUGGUAUGUGUCAAGUACUGAAGACAUUGGUGACUUUCACUUGCUAAUGAGAGAUCUGCCUAAUAUGCAAUCAAAUGAAAGCACUAAUCAACACCUACUUGUACAGAAUUUGUUUGAGAAAGACUUAUCCUACAUAACACGUAGCUAUGUUGUGAAAGAUUUACCCAAACGACAUGGUGACCUACAAAUGUGCUUGUUAGCAAGAGACAGUGAAGGAAACAUUCGUAAAUGGAGGAUGAGUCAGUGUGAGCGUGUUCCUAUGGAUGGUUCUAUUAGUGCCUUAUCAGCAGCACUUCCAUUACCAAGUACUAUGACAUUAUUAUUUUUUGCAGUAUAUGCCAUAUUCAGGUUCUGAUAAUAUCUUAGUGAUCUUUCACAUAGUCAUAUUAUACAAAGACAUUUUUUCUAGCAACAUUUGGUCAUACUCUUGAUUAAUAAAAUUCAUUUAAAUCUUUGCCUUCAGUAGUAUCCCAUUGAUUUUAUGAACUUUAAAAGGCUGUCUAGCAUCAGCUUAAGAUACAAGUUAAUUCUUAACUUUAAAUUAAAUUGACCUUAUUUACUUAACAGAUAAUUAGAAGCAUAACAAAACAUGCAGCUGUGUCAAAAUGUUUGCAUUGGCUGUUAGCUGAUGACAGAAAUAAAUGAAGCUAUGGCUGAUAGCUGAUAAUAGAAAUAAAUGAAGCUACUGUUCUUAAUCUGAGACUAAAGAUGAAAGUAGGCUAUCUCUUCUGAUGAAAUGCCUCAACUAAUCUCCAAAGAAAGAAUUACUGAAAGUUUUUAAUCUGAAUAUGUUAUAAACAGAAGGAAGUUCUUAAAAGUAUUACACACUAAUAUGUGCAUCUGUUAUUGUGACUAGCUGGUAGGUAAAAGUGAUGAAAUACUUAUUAUUUCUCUAAUAUACCUGGUGCAAGCAAAAGUAAAUCACCAGGUGAAAAUAUUUAUCAGUUAAUGAACUUCAUUUUUGUAAUAAACUCGGUAUCAGCAAAAUUCUCUGUUGAUUGACUUAUCAGUUACAGAACAUAAUAUUAUGCCAUACACGAAAAUAUUUAAACUGCCAGUGUUGGCAAGUAGAGAAGACUUUCAUAAGAAUAUUUUGAAGAGGAAUGAAUAUGAUAGUUCAGUCAUUUAUUGUUGCUGUUAAUCAAUGACAACUGUUAAUUUAGAAACUAAAAUCACAUAUGGAUUUGAUGAAUUUGUAACAUAUCUUUUAUGUAGAUUGGUACAAAAAGGAGACAUAUAAACUUAAGUGCUCCAUAGCCUGUCAGAUGUAUGCUUUCCUAUUUUUCAAAUCCUUCACACGUACACAGUAAAAUCUAAAGUAAUCAGGCUCGUACACCCAUCCAAGAGUUAGAUCACUUAUUGCAGCAAAUACAGAAAUAAAAUAAAUGCAUAAAAAGAUAUCCUUGCAUUUAUAAUUAUUUUCUUCUUCAUAGUGAAAAUAGAGGAAGAUAUGGGAAGUAGUAAAGGACAGCCAGGUUACUUAGAGCCUAGUUUAAUGGAGUGCUCAUUUUCUCCUACAUACUCCACACACCUCAAAAGUCCUUCUCAAUCAAGGCUCUGAAUGAAAUACCUCAAAUUUUCUAUAUCUAUCACAUUAUUUUUCAGAUAGAAGAAGUAAGCUGCAUUAAAAAGAAACUAGCACUUUGUUACUAGAGAGAGAUAGAGAAAAUAUAUGUAUGGGUAUUUCUAUUAUUUGUAUUUGAACUGGCAUUUCAUGACAGUCAGUACUAACCAACCCAUCUUACUACACCAGUAUGUAUUUGUUUUUCCUCAACUGAAACUCCUUAAAUUAUAUAUGACAGCCUUUGUUACAACUAAAAACACCUGUAAUGAUAAGCAUAGCAAGGAGCUGAAGUUGGAGCUGGUUUUUUUCUGUUACUGUAUCAAAGUAGAGCAGAUAAUUACCAAUGGAAGUUACAAAGAAAUUAGAUGAUAUAAAAGUGGAGUAGACAGAUCAUCUAGAGCUCAGAGAUGAUAGCACUUUUUCAGUUGUAGCAAGUUCUAAAUAUUGAAAAUAGCAAUGAUAUUACAUAUUUAAUAAGUCAUCUUGUUGUCUUGCACAUUAAUAUAAUUACAUUUCCCUUCUCAUGAGAUAACAUUAAAACAAUAUUGUCACAUGGUCUUUUGCAAGUCAUUUCAUUAUGUGAUGGAUCAUAAACUAUUUGUUUGGAUGUAGAAGAGAGAAUAAACAUAUUUUUGUGAUACACUGUCUAUCGUAGCUGUAAUAUGAAAAAAAACAUGUUACUGUCACAUGCAAAGUUUGUAAAUUGUACAACAAUGAACAACUCUGGUUUAUUUGUUGUAACCACUGCCCAUCUUUUGCAGGAGAUUUUAUUUGCUUCACAUAAUUAUACAUGUGUAAUUGAAACUGCUCAGUGUGACAUGUACUAUGCAGUUUCAUUCUGAUUUAGAGGAUAAUUGAUAUAAUAAAGUCUUUAGAAGUGCUAUAAGCAGGUUGUAAGAUACUAGUUGGUUAUAAUGAAAGCGCAGCUACUCACAGAGGUUGAGUUCGCGCUGCAGUUGUAUGGCAGGCAGUGAAACUCAGUAGAUAUGCUAAAGCAUUAUUGUGGAACCAAUUUACACUGGAAAAAAAGUUCCAAUUUUGGCCACCAGGUGCAAAUCUGACCCUGUACAGCAUCUCAUCAAUGCCACCGGUGCUCAUACUGCUGAACAAAUUGUGUACAGGCCCUUAAUAGUAAAAUUUACAUUAUGCUUUUCUCACUUGUUUGACCUUUCCUGACCUAGACCCAUUUCUAAUCCAAUACAUGUGGAAAAAUUUCUAUAUGUCACUCUCACAUUCAUAGUACCAGAUUUGCAACUGGUGGCCAAACCUGGAACUAAUUUCUUCCAGCAUAAAUCAGCUCUGCAUUAAUGCACUAGAAUAUGCACUAAGUUUCACUGCCAUCUCAUAAUUACAGCCCACAUUGGAUUUCUGUGAGUAGCUAAACUUUAAUUCAAACCUCCUAAUACUUUCUACAUGCUGGAAGAAAUAUAUAGGCCUACUAGUGCACCUAAUUCAGUGCCAGAAAUGUUGUUAAUAUGUGUUAAUCUCAAUAUAAGAACAAGGAAGUAUUAUUCAGUACCAAUUUGUGGGGAAAAUUAAAAUGAUUUACAACAAAUAUUCUGAAAUACCAGUGAACGUUUUAUAGGAGGACUGUCUCAGUAAAUAAAAAAAAAAUGUAUGGUUGUCAUUUGCAAUAUACGCAAAGGCAAAGCUCAAGCUGUUAUAAAAAUACUUAAGGAUCUGAUCAUAUUCUUACUAUUUUAAGUGAAGCUAUUAUUACCUAUCAUUUAACUCAUACUAGUCUUCGGAAAGGUCACAGUUUGUUUAGAGGGAGUACUUUACUGUUUGUAUAUAAUGCAUAUAGUUUGUAAAGAAAUUGUAAUUGACUGAUAAAAGUGUAUGCUGUAUUUAUAAAGUUUUACAGAAUGUAGAAUAUUCGAACAUGUACAUGACUGUAUCAAUAAUUUAUUGUUAAUUUGUACAUAUAUCUGUUACUGUAUACAUAACAAGUAUUUAAACUGUGAAUGGAAAAUAAGUGAAUAAAGAAGUUUGUUUCCUGGAA